AUGACUCAGUUCUUUGUGGGAAGAGGUACAAAAGAAGAGGUGGCGUCUACCCUUGAGGCCGUCCAGAACAUCCAGAGCAUCUUCCAGGCUCUGCAGAAGUCCAAGGAGAACUAUAAUGCCAAAAUUGUGGAGCAGGAACGCCUCCGCAAGGAGGGGGCCACCCAGAGAGAUGUAGACAAGGCUGGAGUGAAAGCCAAAAAAGCCACAGAGACCUACAAAUCAUACGUGGAGAAAUAUGCCACAGCUAAGUCUGAGUUUGAACAGAAGAUGACAGAAACUGCACAGAAAUUCCAAGACAUCGAAGAAAACCACAUUCUCCACAUGAAGGAGAUCAUUCAGUCGUACUCGUUGUAUGUGGAUGAAACACACAUUCAGAUAGGAGAGGUCCACCAUGAAUUUGUGAGGAACAUCGAGAACACAUCAGUUGAGAGCUUAAUCCAGAAACUGGCUGAAAGCAAAGGAACGGGCAAAGAGAGACCAGGACCCAUUGAGUUUGAGGAGUGCAAUGUAGCUAUUGCUGCUGAAGGAGCCAAACCCAGAAGAAGAAAACUAUUAAUCCCAGGUCGGAGGAAAGACAAGGACACAGACUCUACGGAGUCGACAGAAGUCGAGGCUGCUAACACCGCCAAUGGUGCUCCGCCUGGAUACUUUGCAGACAUCCAGAAUGCUAAUGUUCCUCAAGUUGAUGAAGAGGGUUUCUGCAUCAGACCAGAAGUAAAUGAAAACGAUGCCAAAGAGAAUUCCUUCUACUCAUCCAGCGACUCGGAGGACGAAGACGAACCCAGGAAGUUCCACGUGCAGAUCAAGCCCGUUCAGCCAAACAACGGCGUUCAUCAGAACCAAGCCAACAUCGAUGAGCUCAAGGCCUCCAUUGGAAACAUCAUCCUGUCGCCUUCAACCUCGGGACAGAUGCGGAGGAACCAGUCCAGUGAUGAGCUAGGAAAACCCAGAGUGCCAACAUCAUUCGAGCUGACUAACAACGACCUUCUGUCUCUGGAUCCUUUAAGUCCAGCUCAGGCCAUCAGAUCUUCCUCCGCUGUGUCAUCAUCGGCAGACCUUGCCUCUAUCUUCCUUUCAAACCCUCCAUCUCCACCUUUUCUGGUGAAUGACUCAGACUCAGAUGUCUUUCUGCCAGAGACAUCAGCUGAGACAGUGCCACAACGGGAGCGCUACCCUCCCUUGGCAGAGAGCCAGCAGUCCAAAGAUGUUUACUCUUUCUCGUCAUCUACGUCCUCUCCCUGGGAUUCACCAGAAAACCCUUUUCAAGCACUUAAGCCCAUACCGGCGAGGGCCCAGAGCGCCCCCAUCACCCGGCCAACUGAGCCAGUCGACCCCAUCAAAAACUCAGACACACCCAGCCCUCCAAAGAGCGCAGACACCUUCUCCUCUGUUUCCUGGGCCCAGAGCCAGUGGAUUGCCUUCAGUGAUAAUUUUGCUCCACCUCCACCUCGCUGUCAGGGCUCUGGGUCAUCUGUGAAGGAGCUUCAAAAACCACAGUCAGGUUCCAGUAGGUCAGGUCACUUCCUGUCCGAUGAGUCUGCUGAUGCCUUCUACAAAGCAGCGAGCAGCCGAGAUGACAGCAGCCUCUCUUUCACUGAUGUCUUCUCUGGGAUUACAGAUAGGGCUGCAGCUCCAACAAGCAAAAUAUUCAAUGUGCCAGUACCAAACCGACCUACAACCCCUCUGGCACCUGGAGCCUUGGUGCCUCCUCCACGACCCUCCUCCAGGCCCAAACUCCCGGCUGGAAAACUCACAGGAAUCAAUGAAAUUGUAAGGCCAUUCAGUCCACCUAAAGCAUCUAGCCCUACUCCGACUGCACCCCUCGCCCGGGCAGAGAGCUCUUCCUCUUUGUCCUCCAACGCCUCACUCAGUGCUGGCAACACCCCCACUGUCGUACAGUGUACACUGUCAUCCCCCCGCCCUCGCUUUCCUUCAUUCACUCCUCUCCUUACAGGAGCUGAGCACACCUUUGCUCUCCCCCUCUCCUCCCCAGAGCCAGAGUUGCUCUCCCUCUCUCCUUUCUUUCCACUAAACCAAAAGGAUGAUAUGUUCAUAGCGAAGCUGCCUACCUUUGAGAAGCGGUGUGAAACUCCAGCAGGGACGUCUCGCGGUCCCAGCCCUGUGACCCUGGCAUCCCAAGAUGCUUUGCCCAUUGCUGUGGCCUUCACAGAAUCGGUUAAUGCUUACUUCAAAGGAGCUGAUCCCACUAAGUGCAUUGUGAAGAUCACUGGAGACAUGACACUGUCGUUUCCAAUGGGCAUCAUCAAGGUGUUCACUACCAACCCCUCCCCAGCCGUCCUCACCUUCAAGCUGAAGAACACCAGCAGGCUGGAGCAGAUCCUACCCAACCAACAGCUGUUAUACAGUGAUCCCUCUCAAAGUGACUCAGAUUCCAAGGAUUUCUGGUUCAACAUGCAAGCACUGACGUCCUACCUCAGAAAAGCCUCAGAACAGAGUCCUUCAGCUUCCUACUAUAAUGUAGACAUCCUGAAAUACCAGGUGAUGUCUGAUGGGAUCCAUUCCACCCCGCUAAACCUGGCCGUAUACUGGAAAUGUACAGCAAGUACAACGGACCUGCGGAUAGACUACCGCUACAACCCAGAGUCCAUGGACUCACCCAGUCCACUCACCAACGUACAGAUCUUAGUGCCUGUUGAUGGAGGAGUCACCAACAUGCAGUCUCUGCCUAACUCCAUAUGGAAUUCAGAGCAGAGUAAGUGUCUGUGGAGGCUGACUGACAUCUCAGAAAAGUCUGAAAACGAUGGUGCCGGGUCCCUGAGGGCCAAGUUUGAACUGUCAAAUGGCCCAUCGCACCCCUCCACUCUGGCAGUGCAGUUUAUGAAUGAGGGGAGCACCCUGUCAGGAGUGGACAUGGAGCUGCAGGGGGCCGGAUACAGACUUUCCCUCAGCAAGAAGAGAUUUGCCACAGGGCGUUAUAUGGCAGAUUGCUGAGGUGACCCAUCAUCGCGGUCGCCAAGAAACCCAAGAGCAAAACCUGCCGACUCACUCGCAAAAGCCCCCUGAACCUCUGGAUCACCUCCUGUCACACCCAGGAAGCGAGACUCUCACUACAAAACUAAACAGCACUGAGUAUUGAACACUGUUAAAAAGAAAAGAAAACUAAGAUGAGAUUUCAGGAAAUGUGUAGAUAAGUCUAAUAAUUCUUUCCGAUCAAAUCCUUUUUUGUAUAGUCAGAAACAGUUUAUGGCUCUAUGUUGUAUUUGAAAUCAUAAAAAACAGAAAAUAAGUGCACUAACAACCUUUCAGAUGCUCUUUUUGCUCUUAUAUAUAAUUUCCAAGAACCUGUAAGGAAUAUAAAAGAAAACAAUUUCUCUCUUUCUCUGUCCAAACUGUAAAUAAUAAUGCUGAAUAUUCUGCUCGACCACCUUUGACUCGGCUCACAAAUCAGCUUCCUCACUUUCACUUUCUUUUUUUAAACUGGUGCAAUGAAGGUAAAAUCUGAACUCGCAGACUUGCAGCACAGGCUUAAUCUUUAUAAAAUAUUUUGCUUUCGGAAAAUGCACAAAAAAAAAAGAAAGAAGCAAAACCAAUAAUGAUCUGACCUCAGUGCCUCCUCUUAUACUGUGGAACAACAGGCAAAAAAAAUUCUGUUAGUGUUUGGGGUUUGCAUUUCUCUGUGGUUGAAUACCAGAGUCCUUUUGAACAAUCACCCUUACCGCUGUCAGUGUGCUUAUUUAAAAAUUUUUAACAUUUUCCUUUGUAAACCCCCCUUUUAGUCAUGCCUUGUGUUUUUAAGCCUUUUAAUUGACUGUAAAACAUUGUGUCAAAAGUCAUAUGUUUUAUCUAUCUAUAUAUAGAUAGAUAUAAAAAAGAAUCAAGGGACAUUUCUCUAAAUUGAAGUUGGCAGCUUUUGUAAGAGCUGCCAGUGAUUUAUUUUUUAACAUACUUCUGUGUUAGUAUUGAAAUGUGCCUGAAUCUAACUUUUAUCUGUUCCUUUUUGUAUGCUACAACACAGUCAUUGAGAAUAGCACCAACAACGUGCCAUUUAUGUCUUUGUUUGUUUUUUUUAAUCUUUUAUUUGGAUAUCGAAGGGAAAACGUCUCCGCUUUGUAACGUGUCUUCCAGAAACGAAUGAUCAUUUGGACUGAGUUUAAUCAUUGUACUCUUUUAUCAAUUUUUAGCCUUUGAAGCUCAUCCGAUGUCUUACUCUCACGACACAGCAGACGAUGUUGGUGAAAAGUAGCACCUUGAGGCCAAAUUAAUGAUUGAAAUGCCUUAUCAUGAUUACUUAAUACCAAGUAAUCUAGUGAUACUGUCACACAGCACUGCCGUUGCCUCUGUCGCACAUCACUGGCCUGUCCUGCUUCUUACCCAGAGUGAGCUGGGGGGAAAGUACAGCGUCUUGUAGCUGUGAACAACAUGUGGAUGUGUGGGGAAAUGGCCACAACUGACUCUUGGUGCUUCAUUCUUGUCUUUUACUAAUGGAGGAAUAGUGCUGUAGAGGCUGUUUUACUUCUUAACUGAAUAUUUUGCCCUUUGUUCUUCUUGUUUUUCCCCCCUCCCCUGUCGACUUCAUCCUUGGCAUGGUCCUGAAAUUGGUUAAUGUGUUGGAAUGUGAUAUGUUUGGAGGAAUGAAUGAUAAGUUGCCUGAAAGCUGUGAUUGAAAAUUAUUGAAACCUUUAAUGAGAGGAGAUUGAUACACUGUGCAACACGUGGCCAACUGACCUCUCAGAUACGACUGUGUCCUCAGUGCUAAUGAACCGGGUUCAUUGUAGAUUUUGACUGGUUUACAGGUGUUUUAGGCUCAUGAUGAUACUUGAUUUAAGUGUCUCGCAACUUUUAGAAAUAGAAGGAUUAUUUUAUUUCAGUCAUCAUAUCUGGCCAGGGUGAUUCAUGUAAUCAUCUUUUUUUUUUUAGUUUUGACUCUUAAUGCCUUUAAGAUUAACUUCCUAAAUAGAUUAGGAAAACUCAUUUAAGUGUUUGUAGAAAUAAAUUUUGUACCUGACUCUUUAAUAAGCCAAAUAUUUUGAAGGCAUUUGAAAUGAGUUUACACAAAGUCCUGGAAUUUUACUAUCGCGUGUCACACUGUGUUCCCUCUGAAUUAGUUGUAUCAUUGGUUUAAAAAAAAAAAAAGAGUAGGGAGAUUCUGCAUUCAGUGUCAGCAAGCUGGUUCUUGCUGUCCCUAAAACACUCAAAUUGUACCCCCGAAGCUCCUUUUAUGGUCACUUUCCACUCUUUUUCUUUAUUUGUUGUAUCAGACAGAGUUUAAAAUGAGCAAGAUUGUGUAAAUGAUUCUCAUAUGUUUUUACCAAUAUUUCUGCCACUUUUUGUCUCUAUUUUAUGAUUUCUUAUUGUGCCUGUAUUAAAUGUAUAAUAUAUGAACAUAUACAAAUAUAUGAAAAUGACUACUUUAAA